UGAAAGUUCCUCAAACCUUAACGACAAAGAGAUCGCAGCAGCAUCAGAAGCAACGCAAGAAGAUCAUCAACCUCCUUCGACACAUCAACUCCUAAAGAUGUCCUCCAAUGUUUCUCCACUUUCACAAACAAAUGUUGCAGGCCCUCCUUUGUUAGAAGAAAAGGAAAAGCAGAAUUAUUCCGGUUUUGAAAAUAGACAUAGAGGGAAAAGUUCUUCUUUUGAACAGCAACAAGGAGUAUCUCUUCAGACGACAGUUUUGGAACAACAUCAUAGAAAAUUGGGCGACAGCGACGGCAAUUUGAAUGACGGCAGCUUUAAAUCAUCAUUUCGGAAGUUUUCUGGUCUUUCUGAUCUUGAGACCUCAUCAAACGCACAUGAAACAACGACGGACAUAGACAUCCCGGAUUCCUCUCUGACGCCGAAUAACUCUCGACGUUCUAUUUUGAAGCAGAAGAACGGGGGCAAGAAAUACGAGCAGAACUACAACUACGCCUCGUCAAUUCAAAGUAUAUCACCGAGCAGAGGACAGCGUUUAGACGAGGGAAGUUCGUUGAAGAAAUCUCAACGUCGCCGGCGAACUCGUGUGCAGACGCGGCUUCUGCAG